AAAUAGUAGCACAAGAAAAACAGAGAACAGAAAAAGAAGAGAGGAAGGGUGACGUGGCACAAUUUCCCUGCGACGCACCCAACCUCCGUCUCUCUCUCUCUCAGAUCGGCGGCCAUCUCCGUCGAGUAAUUGAAAUCUCUCUCAGCCGUUGGAUUCGAAUUCCGCCGCAUCUUCAUAUACCUCGUUUCAAUCCUGCGGAACCCUAGUUGCUCUGAAUUGUGGUUUGCUACUGUGAUAAGUUCUUCAGUGGUAGAUUAGGAAGCACCACCAAUGGAGAUUGUGUAAGACAUAUUCAUUACAGCUCUCUUUUAAGGAUUAUGGGGUCUGUUUGCUGUGUGGCUGCAAAGGACAGAAAUGUUCCCAGUGGAGCUAUUGAUAAUUCAGUGUGUUCACCAUCGUGGAGUUUUCGACGGGACAACAGGAGGCGUGUAGCUGAUGAGAUUAAAGAUUCAUCUAAUCAUAAUGUUGGGAGUAGAGGUAUUGACAUCGAUAAGUUGUCGUUAGGCUUAGAGAGAGGACCUCCGUCAUCUGAAACUGGGGGUUUAGCUACUCUUGGCUCUCAGAAAUCCGCAGACUCAGAGAUGGGCACAGCUUCGAUGGUUACAGCUCCUUUAGCGGGUACAAGUUUGGCGAUUCGAUCUCCUUCAGAUGUAUCCUUGGCAAGUCCUGUUCGUGUUGAGGUGAAGAAUAUAGUUGACUCAUCAGAUAUUGUUUCAUCAGUUUUACCAAAUCCGUCAAGUUCCACCUCGGUCUCUGAUCUUCCUUCAGCUCACACACAUUCACUUCCUCCCAGAUCAACUCCGUCUAGACGUGCUCGAGGUUCACCUGGGCAGCAGUUGUUUAGGCAGGUUUCUGAUAGUCAAACUUUGGGAUUGAAAUCUCCCAAUAAUUACUCAACAUCUGAAGGAAGGUCGUCCUUUGUGCUUUCGACCUGUAGUAAUGACACUGCCACUGGGUCCCAUUUUGCUUCUUCUGAAGGUGGCUGGUCCAUAAACGCCUUUUGUGAGCUCGUGGCUCAGUCUCAAAGGGAGAGAUGGUCUUUUGAUAAUGAGCACUUAGGUUCCGGACGACGAAGACUAAGUGGGUGUAGUAGUAGCAGAUUCUCAUGCUCCCCUUCUGUUGAUCAGCAGACUUGUGGGCGUUGCUCAAAGCUUUUAACUGAAAGGUCUCCAGUUGCCAGGUUUGACCUUCCAAUUCCUGCUGUUCUAGCGUGCGGCCAUGUUUACCAUGCGGCAUGCUUAGAGACAAUGACAAAUGAAACAGAGAAGUAUGAUCCUACGUGUCCCAUAUGCACAGAGACACAGGUUACUAAAUUAUCGAGGAAAGCUCUAAAAGCCGAGGCAGAAUUGAAGGCAACGAGUUACAAAAGGUGUAAGAACCGUGUGGUAGAUAGUUAUGUCCGCAGUGAAUGUGAGGAUCUUAUGUUCCAGAAUCUAGGGAAACGAGAAGGAAAAGGUCUGAAGAUGGAUCCUAGUUCGAAUACCAAAGGCUCCACGUCUAAGUCUUUUAUGAAAUGGCACUUCGGUUCCGUCAGCACCAAGUGGAGUAAAGCCAGGGAUUCUACCUCGAAGAAGAGCUUUUGGUCCAGACAUAGUAAUAAAAGAUUAAGUCAUUCUUUUUCAAGCGUUGAGGGCCUUAAUCAGGCAACAUGACAUAAAAUAGGACUGGCUUUGGAUUAGAGAAAAGCUCCCUUAAACAUUUUGUAUCCCUUUUUACUUUUAUUCCAUGUUUAAAUGUCACAUGGGGAAAAUAUGUGUACCAAUGAAACAAACUUGUCAUUUUGUAGAAUGCAGAAGAAACAAAAAAGGAUAAACUAAAAAUCUAUCUUUACU